CAUUUACGCUCGGCGCUGAGACCAAAUCCGUGCUCGCGCACGAAAUCCAUUUACACUCCAGUAGUAGAAGAGGGCCCUGAUCCAGUCGCGCUGCUCCGUACGUUAAACAAUCCGUUCGGUUGAAGCGGUAAAAACGUGUUAAAACGUACUGAAAGCGGCGGUGGUCCCUCGGCGAAUCACACUGACAGAGCAGGAGCGGUUUGGAGAGGAAGAAUGGCGGAUUCGAGCAGCACCGCAGCGGUCGGGGCCGCAGGCUCCAACAGCGCUGCUGCUGCCGGGGCGGCUGGCACGGUGGCGCAGGAUGGAGCGCCCGCAGCUGCGGGACCCAAGGCCGAGUCUGUUAAGGGCCAGAUUUUUGAUGUGGGCCCCCGCUACACGAACCUGUCCUACAUCGGGGAGGGGGCUUACGGAAUGGUUUGCUCUGCAAUGGACAACGUGACAAGCCAGCGUGUAGCCAUCAAGAAAAUCAGCCCAUUUGAGCACCAGACGUACUGCCAGCGCACACUGAGGGAAAUCAAGAUCCUGCUGCGUUUCCACCAUGAGAAUAUCAUCGGCAUCAACGACAUUCUCAGGGCACGACACCUUGACAACAUGAGGGAUGUCUACAUUGUGCAGACUCUGAUGGAGACGGACCUCUACAAGCUGCUGAAGACCCAGAGGCUGAGCAACGACCACGUUUGCUAUUUCCUCUACCAGAUCCUGCGAGGCCUCAAGUACAUUCACUCAGCCAACGUGUUGCACCGUGACCUCAAGCCCUCCAACCUGCUCAUCAACACCACCUGCGACCUCAAGAUCUGUGACUUUGGCCUGGCACGGAUAGCCGACCCCGAGCACGACCACACAGGUUUCUUGACCGAGUACGUGGCCACGCGUUGGUACAGGGCUCCAGAAAUCAUGCUCAAUUCAAAGGGCUACUCCAAGUCCAUUGACAUCUGGUCAGUUGGCUGCAUCCUGGCUGAGAUGUUGUCCAACAGGCCCAUCUUCCCCGGGAAACACUACUUGGACCAGCUCAACCACAUACUGGGCGUCCUUGGCUCUCCUUCUCAAGAUGAUUUGAACUGCAUUAUCAACAUGAAGGCGAGGAACUACCUGCAGUCCCUGCCUCAUAAACCCAGGAUCCCUUGGGAGAGUCUCUACAAGGCGGACUCAAAAGCUCUGGACCUGCUGGGACGCAUGUUGACCUUUAACCCCGUGAAGCGCAUUAGCGUUGAGGAGGCCCUGGCUCACCCUUACCUGGAGCAGUACUACGAUCCCACAGAUGAGCCGGUAGCAGAGGAGCCCUUCACUUUCUCCAUGGAACUGGAUGACCUUCCUAAGGAAAAGCUGAAGGAACUGAUCUACGAGGAAACUGCUCGUUUCCAGGAAACCUACCAGGGCUCCUGAGAUGCACAGCCCUAAAGAGUGACAAAGCCACACCGAGGCUUGGAACAAGAAGAUCCCAACGACAUGCUAAAACAAAAAGAAAAAUGCAUCUUCAAGAAACCAACAAAAAGAGAAAACAAGAAAUGAACAUUUAACGGCUUAUCUUUCUAUUUCUACUGCAGGAGAGCUAAGUUUUACUUUUUUUUUCUGGGGUGGGGUGGUAGGGGGUCUGUCGUACUGUUUCAGUUUUAACCAUGUUGGACUCUCCAUCCUCUCACCUCACAUUUGUUUUCCCGUUAAAGGUCCUUCCUCAUCCCAUCCCAUUUACAGUAACUCACUGUUUCUCACCUGUCCUGAUCCAACCCUUUUUCUGCCUCUCCUGCAGCUGUUACUGGAGCUCUCUCUGUUGCUCCCUUUCAUAUAAACUACUGUAUUAACCAACACCAUAACUCUCUUGUCUUGCGCCAUGUAAAUCACUACCUGGAAAAAUUGAGGGCUAUAAGAACGGGGAUGCUAAUCGGGUGUAUGUAUAUACAAAAAUUUAAAAGCUUA